AUGCAUUGGUUCAUCUCCUCCGCCCUAUCGUGGGCCCUAGCAGCAGGUGCGGGCUAUGCGGCUUAUCUAGUAUAUGUCAACGGUGGCAAGAAGCCGAUCGCUGAGACUGAAGUCGCUGAACAGAAGCCGAACCAUCGAACGCGGUCUAAGAAGGGAAAAAGCAAAAAAGAAAGAGUCGAUGACGCGAAGUCCUCGAGCAUUCCAGUGAAAUCUUCACAGAUAAAGAAAUCAAAGACCAACUCGGGGAGGAACGUCGAUGCAGUGGAAGAUCCCAACGCCCCUCUGCCGCCCAAAGAAGAGGAGCCUCUCCCUGAGCGUGUGGAUGUAGCACCACCCACCCAAGAACUAUCCGAAUCGGAAGAUGACGAGGAGAACUGGGCGGCUGUUGAGAAGAAACAACGAGAAAAGAAAGCGGCGGAGCCCGAACUCUAUCCGGACUCCCCAGUGGCUGCUGUCGGAGCCGACGAUGCGGCUUUCUAUACAGUCGCAGCCCGACGGCAUCAGCGAGCGAAGGACGCCCAGACUAUUGCUGAUGAGCGAAAAGCAUCUAAGAAUAGACGAAAGCGCGAGAAGCAAAAGCAAAUUAAGGCGCAGGAAGACGCUAUGCAGAAGGCCAGACUGGAGGCCUAUAGAGCGCAGCAGAGGGCUGCGGGUGUCCGCUAUUCGACCAACAGGAAAGCAUUCUGA